AUGCCGCCCUCUCCCUGCCACCACUGCAAGACGCAGUCCGCCAAGAUCCGGCGGCCAAAAGACGGCUCCAAGCUCUGCGUCUCGUGCUUCACGACGGCCUUCGAGACGGAAAUCCACCACACCAUAACCGCCUCGUCGCUGUUCCAGCGGGGCGAGCGCAUCGCCAUCGGCGCCUCGGGCGGCAAGGACAGCACGGUGCUCGCCUCGGUGCUCAAGACGCUCAACGAGCGACACGACUACGGCCUCGACCUCGUGCUGCUCUCCAUCGACGAGGGGAUCCGGGGUUACCGCGACGACUCGCUCGAGACGGUCAAGCGGAAUGCCGUGCAGUACGGCAUGCCGCUGACGAUUCUGGGGUACGACGAGUUGUACGGGUGGACCAUGGAUCAGGUCGUCGAGCAGGUGGGCAAGAAGGGGAAUUGUACGUAUUGUGGGGUUUUUCGGCGGCAGGCGCUGGAUCGCGGGGCGGCGAGGUUGGGCGUCCGGCAUGUGGUUACGGGGCAUAAUGCGGAUGAUAUUGCGGAGACGGUGUUGAUGAAUUUGCUCCGCGGCGAUUUGCCUCGACUGGCGAGGACGACGUCGAUAGUCACAUCGACCCCCUCUGCGGUUGCGUCCACGGAUCCCAAUUCCCGCCCACACAUCAAGCGCAGCAAACCCCUCAAGUACGCCUACGAGAAGGAAAUCGUCCUCUACGCCCACCACAAGAAACUCGACUACUUCAGCACCGAAUGCAUCUACUCUCCCGAAGCCUUCCGCGGCACCGCACGCAGCCUGAUCAAGAGCCUCGAAAGAACACGGCCCAGCGCCAUCUUGGAUAUCGUGCGCAGCGGAGAGGAUAUGGCCAAGUUGGUACCGGGGAAUGAGGAAGGGUGUGGAGGUGUUUGCCAGGGGAGCGUGGCGGUGGCUGAGGAGGAGGAAGGGGGAUGUGGGAGCUCGAAACCGGGAGCUACGGGGGGUUACAUGGAAAAGAUGGAGGAGCAAUUGACGCUGGAUCGGGAGGCUGUGGAGAAGGAGCUGGAGGUGGAGAUCACUUCUAGUAGUUGCGCAUCCCCGGGUAUGAACGGCGCAGUACCGCUACCGAAAUCCGAUAAGAAGACGAAUAACAACACCAACAACAACCACAAGAAAGCGUCAAAAGGACAACUGCUGCCAUCACGCAGGACGGGCAAACAGGUCGUGGGAUUCUGCAAACGGCCUGGCUGUGGUGCCAUGACGAGCCAGGAGAUUUGUCAGGCGUGCCAGCUGGUGGAGCAGUUGAACAAGAAUAGGCCGAAGCAUGCUGUUGAGGUCGUGUAUGAGGGCGAGGAGAAGCGGGAUGAUGGGAUGCUGCUACAUGUGACGAACGGGAUUGCGAAGAGCGUACUGGUUGACUGA